CCACGCGCACGCCACGUGCACCUCCCGAAAAGAGCGAGUGGGACCGGCGCCGGUGUAGCGCACUGAGGCACAGCGCGAUGAACGAACACGCAGAAAAUCCGCCAACAGGUCAGGCAGACGUUGAUGUCGAUGCCGAUGCCGACGCCGAUGUCGCAGCUGAAGCAGAUGCUGAGAAGAUGCCAGAGAGUUUGUCUCCAGCCUCCGACCAGCGGCCCCUCCAGCUGGCGCUGCGCGGGUCAUGGGAAGCGCUGGAGCACCUCCUCCGGACCCUGGAUAAAGGAGACCCCGAAAUUGCCCAGGUGGACCAGGAGUCUGGUCUAAAUGUGUUGAUGAUCGCAGUCAAAGAAAAUCGAAUUUCCGUGGUGGUGAAGCUUCUGGACUUGGGGCUGAAUCCCAAUGAACAGACAACGGACGGUCGGACCGCGCUUCAUGUGGCUGCUGCGCAUUCAAAGGAGGACAUUGUCAAACUGCUGGUGAAGAAAGUAGACCCCAAUAUCCAGGGAGGGGAAAAGAACCAACUCCCCCUACACUAUGCAGCCAGCCAGGCAACGGGUGCCAUCAACGUUGUCCAGACCUUGCUCAAGUGUUCAAAAAAAGAGGCCCGUCUUGUACAAGACAAGGACGGCUACCUUCCUUUGUUCCUCGCUAUAGAGGCAGGAAAUAUGGGGACCGUGAAGGAACUCCUUGGAGCCUUAACUGAAGCCCAGCUCACAGCUCGGAGGAAGGAGAAUGGAGACAGCGCCCUUCACAUCAGCUGCCGGAGAAGAGAUGUAGAAAUGGUCAAGGUCCUGGCAGAACACGGUGCCAACGUUGACAUGCAGAACGACAAAGGACAGACCCCUUUACACAUAGCUGCAGGGUUAGGGGAUGAGCCCCUGCUGAAGUACCUCUGCUAUUGCAGGGCCAACCCCAACAUCAUGGACAAGAAAGACCGCACCCCUCUACACAUUGUUGCUGAACGAGGUUUUACAAAUCUGGUUGAGAUCCUGACAGAAAGGUUCAGGUCCAGCGUGUUGGCCCGAACUAAGGACGGAAGCACAUUGAUGCACGUUGCUUCUCAGAGUGGACACCCGGAUACAGCGCUGGCUUUUCUGAAGAAGGGGGUCCCUCUGUACAUGCCCAACAAGUCAGGAGCAGUGUGCCUCCACGCAGCUGCAAGGUCCGGACACGCGGGUGUAGUGAAGGCUCUGCUCCUCAAAGGGGCACAAGUGGAUACGAUCACCAAGGACGGCUACACGGCGCUCCACCUGGCCGUGCAGGCCUGCAAGCCACUGGUGGUGGAGACCCUGCUGGGCUUUGGGGCCCAAGUGCAGUGCAAAGGGGGCAAGGCCAAGGAGACCCCACUGCACAUUGCUGCCCAGGUGAAGGAAGGCAAAAAUGUGGCAGAGAUGCUGCUCAAAAGCGGGGCAGACGUCAACGCAGAGCAGGAGAACGGGGAGACGGCCGUGCACGUAGCCGCCCGGCAUGGCAACCUGCAGACGUUGAAGGCCCUCAUAGAGGAAGGUGGAGAUGUCACCUGGCAAUCUAAGGCUGGGGAGAACCCGCUGCACAUCGCAGCGCGCCAUUGCCGUGCUCACAUUGUGAGGGAGAUCCUCACCUACCUGGCUAAUGAAAGGAGCUACAGCGAGGCACAGCGAUGUGUCUGCCAGGAGAACCAUGCAGGGGAGACACCCUUGCACCUGGCCGCAGCGCUGAAGAAGGAGAUGGCCCACAGCGAAGGAGAGCGCAUCGACAUCAUCACGGCUCUCAUGGAAUAUGAUGCCGAUGCCGCUGCAGCCACCAAAGAGGCAGGGGAGACCCCUUUGCACUACUGCGCCAGGGUGGGAAACAGUGAUGUUCUGCAGGCGAUCCUGAGCAAUGUCGAGGACAAUAGUCUGUCCCUGGUUGUCAACAAGCAUGCCAAGAAUGGCCGGUCACCCCUGCUGCUGGCUGCUGAGGGAGGCCACACAGAGGUUGUGAAGGUCCUGCUACAGAACCAUGCCAGGGUGGACAUCUUUGAUGAGCAAGGCAAGGCUGCCCUGCACCUGGCUGCAGAACAUGGGUACGAGGAGAUUGCAGACAUCCUGCUGUCCAACAAAGCCUUUGUUAAUGCCAAGACCAAGCUGGGUAUGACACCACUACACCUAGGUGCCCAGAGCGGCUCUACCUGCCUGGUGAUGCUGCUGGUGAAUACGCACCUGGCCAGCAUUGAUGCGCUUACCCUGAAGAAACAGACACCCUUACAUCUGGCUGCUCUCUACGGAGAGCUGGACGUGUGCAGCGCUUUACUCAACAUGAAUGCUGACGUCAACGCUUGUGACAUGCAUGGACAGAGUCCCCUGCACCUUGCAGCAGAGAGCAACCACUCUGAGGUGGUGAAGCUCUUCCUGAACCACCGGCCAGAGCUGGCCAGCCUGGCCAACGUGGAGGGUUCCACUUGUGCUCACAUUGCUGCCUCCAAGGGCAGCGUGGCUGUCAUCAGGGAGCUGCUCAAGUUCAGCAAAGGGGGAGUGAUGUCAGCACACAGCAAGGCCAAGGGCUCCUCCCCGUUGCACUUAGCAGCUGCCGGCGGCCAUAAGGAGGUGGUAAAGAUUUUGCUGGAGGCGGGUGCUUCCACGACGGAGGAGGAUUUGGAUGGAAUGACAGCGAUUCACUUAGCAGCUAAGAACGGACAUACACACCUCCUGGAAGUUCUAAAGGGCCACAUCUCCUUCAAAAUCAGCAGUGCCAAGACAGGGCUGACAGCCCUCCAUAUAGCUGCCUCUUUUGGGCAGGAGGACUUUGCACACGAGCUCCUUACCGAAGUGCCUGCCACCAUUUGCAGCAUGCCCCCUAUUGGCAGCUUCAGGGACAGCAUAAUUAGGCAUCAGCUGCUCUCAGAGGCUGGUUAUACUCCUUUGCACCUAGCAGCACAAUCGGGCCACGAGGGCUUGGUGAGGCUGCUGCUGAACUACCCCGAUGUUCAGGCUGACGCGCAGACGGAUAAAGAGGGCUCGACCCCCCUCCACCUGGCUGCUCAGAAUGGCCACAUAGCCGUUCUGGGUCUCUUGCUCAGCAGGUCCAGCUCGUACCUCCACCUGAACGACCUGAAGGGGCGCACCUGUCUGCACGGGGCAGCAGCCCGCGGACACAUCGCCACGGCCAGGAUGCUGCUGGGCCAGGGGGCCGAGGUCAACCACACGGACAAGAACGGGUGGACCCCCCUGCACUACGCAGCCAAUUCGGGCUGCCUGGAAAUGGUGCGAUUCCUGGUGGAAAGCGGGGCAUCGGUGCUCUUAGAGUGUCAGCACGGCCGUACGCCUCUCCAGCACGCGGCAGAGGGAAACCACCACGACACCGUCAGCUUCCUUCUUUGCAGGAGCAACAACACGCUGCGGCUGCUUGAGGAUAAAAAGUUCAUUUUUGACCUUAUGGUGUGUGGAAAGCUCAACAACAACAUAGUCAUCCAGGAGUUCGUGCUGCACUCCGCGGCCCCUCUAGACACUGCAGUAAAGCUGUCGCGGGCGCUGGACCAGGCGGCGUUGCGCGAGAAGGAGCGAUCCGUGGAUCUGCUGGACACAGCACGACACUGCGAGGCCAUUGCCACCGAGCUGCUCACUGUGGCCUCGGAGAGCACGUCCACUGAUACAAUUCUGCGGGCCGUGGACCACCGUGGUGCCACAGUGCUCGACUGCCUCAUUGAGUGUCAGAAGAAGGCAGUGGUGGCUCACCCAGCCGUGCAGGAGUACCUAACAGAGGUGUGGCACGGCGGCCUUCGGUGGGCCUCUUGGAAGAUCGUUCUGCUUUUCCUCGGCCUGCUGUUCUGUCCCCCGCUCUGGCUGAUCCUCUCUCUGCCCUUCAGGCACAAGUUUAAUGCCAUCCCCAUCAUCAAGUUUAUGAAUUAUCUGGUGUCUCACAUCAUCCUUCUCUUCCUGUUCAUCCUCACCAUCGUCUACCCGCCCAGCAACACUAACUGUCUGAAUCACCUGCUGCCGAACUGGAGCGAGUGGCUGCUGCUACUCUGGCUAUGUGGGAUGUUGGUGACUGAGCUGACACAGCCCGGGUUACAGGCUGUCCUGCCUUGCGUGCGGCUCCUGGUUCUGGCCUUCUCCGGCGUUGCCUUCAUCUGCCACCUGGUGGCUUUUGGCUUUCAGGACACUGACCGCUUUCACUGCCUCUUUGCUCGCAACAUUUUCCUGGCUAUGGCGAUGACCCUCAGCUUUGUGCAGCUCCUAGAGUUUCUGACCUUCCAUCACCUCUUUGGACCUUGGGCUAUUAUCAUCAAAGACUUAAUGAAGGAUGUGGUCCGCUUCGCUGUCAUCCUGGUCCUCUUCCAUACUGCUUUUACCAUGAACCUCUCAGCUAUUUACCAGCCUUUUCACACUGCCGUUAACACUACUGAAUGUCACAGAGGCAACGGCACCAACAUGCGACCUUUGAACAUCUCUUAUAACCUCUUCUUUGCUCUCUUUGGCUUGACGGGGCUUGAUUCCAUGCCUUCCCUAAGCCAUUCUUCAAAGUUUGCAGAUAUCAUUACCCACAUAGUGUUUGGGAUCUACUUGGUGGUGACCAUCAUUGUCCUGAUCAACUUGCUAAUUGCUAUGAUGAGCGACACAUACCAGCGCAUCCAGGCCCAGUCAGACACUGAAUGGAAGUUCGGGAGGGCCGUGCUGAUUCGGGAUAUGAACGUUAAGUCUGGCACCCCUUCUCCUUUCAACCUCUUCACAAGCCUCUUCUUCUUCAUCAAGGUGCACUGCAAACGUGGAGGGAAAAUCUGCUCCUCUCAGGCCAGAGACCCGAUGACUGAAGAAGACAUGGAAGGACUGUCAGAUGUAUCUACUCUGGACAUAGUAGCACGUGCCUCCACUGGCUGGUUGAGGAGCAGUAAAAGAACAGGGAUCCUUCCAGAAGGUGGUUUCAUGGAGUCCUGUCACCAAGAUGAACUCAUAAGAGUGGAGCAAGUGACAGACUGGAAGGUGGUGGCACUACGCUAUCUCACCCUGAGGGGCGAGACUGACGAAAGUCUGCUAACGAAGGAAAACUGUGGCCCACUCUCUGCUUGACAAGAUUUCCUGAUUCCCUGAUGAGUUGCUCACCGGCCAUGUCUUUCUCUAAUUCUCACCUGCCCUAGGCCUGAAAAACUCAGUUGUGUCAGCUGAAGAAUUAUUUCCUUGUCUACAGUACAUGUUUUCAUUUGCAGAAAGUAUAAAAGUGGUCAGUACGGUAUUUGAUUUAUAGCUGUAAUUCACUAUAAGCUGGACUUGCAACUUCAUGUGAAAGGUCCAAAGACACUUUCGGCAAACUAGGAAUAUUUCAAAAGCUUAGGGUAUAAACUACAGCUUUUAGAACCCCACUGCUUAAUUAAUCAAAAACAUAUCUGCAAUGCAGUACUUGCAAGAAGUAGAUUAUGAUGCUAUAUGAACACAUUAUUGUUACAUAUUUUAUUCUUGUGACAUUUUUUCAUAUUACCAGCAAUGAAUUCCUUUAGAACUCCAUUUAUCAUCCUUAUUGAAGCUGUCAAAUGUCUAAACUGGAUUGCGCU